AUGCUUUCCAACAUCCUUCCCGUUGCCCUGCUGCUCUCUUCGGUCAGCGCAAGCUGUCUCCACGGCACUUCGUUGAUGCCUCGCCGCUUGAACAAGCGCGCCGAGGUCGAGGUCAGCAACUACGGCUACACUGGCCUGACCGGCCCUCUCAACUGGCACAACAUUGAAGCCGGCAACGAGCUGUGCAACCACGGGUCCAACCAAUCACCCAUCAACCUUGACAGUACCGUAACCCUGGCGACCGAAGCCCCCUCCGUCAACAUCACCAACGUCGAGUCCGCCGAGUUUGAAAACCUCGGCACCACUCUCGAAACCAUCGUCAACGGCACGACUUUUGUGGGAGGGGAAGCCUUCAACCUCGCGCAGUUCCACCUGCACACGCCGUCGGAGCACCGCAUCGAGAACGAGUACUUCCCGCUCGAGAUGCACAUGGUGCACGAGGCGGCCGACGACUCGGGCAAGAUCGUCGUCUUGGCCGUCCUCUUCCAGCUCUCGGAGGACGGCGCAACGACCGACCUGCUCAGCGCGGCCACGCAAAACAUCGCCGAAGUCGAAGUGCCCGGCUCGGUGACGGAGACGGCCGCCCUUGACUUCGCGCCGCUGGCGCAGCACCUGCAGGAGACGCCGCUGCUGACCUACACGGGCAGCUUGACGACGCCGCCGUGCACCGAGGACGUGACGUUCCUCAUUACGCAGGAGCCCAUGCCGUUGAACGUUGCGACGUACAACAAGAUCAAGAGCGUCAUGAAGUUCAACGCUCGCUUCAGCCAGAACUCGCUCGGUCUGACGAACUUGCUUGAUCAGACUGCCCUUGCGGGUCUGGCCAUUGCGUAG